GUUGAGGAAGAGCUUCAUGGUUAACCACUCUGUCCUGCCCAGGUAGAACUGUGUGCAGUCUACAGUUAUAUCGUCACCAGCUACACGACCGAGUCAGAUUCACACGGCAGCCAUGGACCAAAGCCCUGGUGAGAUGUUGAAGCUGGGUCUGAGAUCGUGUUUGGCUAUGUACUACUCUAUUUAUCUCAGCCUGCUCGAGAUUUGGCACUACUUCUAUCCCAAGCCAGGGAAAAGCCUCGUGGGAAAACAUGUUUUGAUAACCGGUGGGGGUGGAGCCCUAGGUAGAGAACUCGCCCUCAGCUUCGCCAAGGAGGGCUGUCAUGUCACAGUUGUGGACGUUAAUGAGACGGAAUGUCAAGAAACAUCACGUCUGGUACAACAAGAACACGUGGCUGUGAAGGAUCACGUGACCAGUUACAGGCUGGAUGUGACGUCACGAGAUGACGUCAGCAGCUUCGCCAAGAGGGUGACGUCAGAGAAGGGGCCUGUGGAUAUCCUGGUGAACAACGCGGGAAUCGUCCAGGCGGGAAGUCUUCUGAGCACAUCGGAGGACCAGAUAAUGAGAAUCAUAGACGUCAACUUGCUCGCUCAGUUCUGGACGAUAAAGGCGUUCCUACCAGGAAUGAUAGAGAGACCCACCGGAGGCCACAUAGUUGCUAUUUCAUCCGCUGCAGCGCUAGCAGUCGCUGCGAACAUAGCACCCUACACAGCUUCCAAGGCUGGAGUUUCAGCUUUGAUGGGCUGUUUGAGAGAGGAGUUGAGGAAGCAUCAUAGACACAUCAAAACCACAACCGUACAACCGUUCUUUCUAGCACCACCCCAGGACAAGAAACAUUGGGAAGUCAAGUCUGUGCUACCUGACAUAACUGCUGCUUCAGUAGCAAGAGCUACAGUUAGGGCUGUCAAGAGAGAAAAAGUCACACUCACCAUUCCUACAUACCUCUAUUUCGUCAUGUACUACGUCAGGUUGAUACCCGCCAAAGCAGCCGACUGGUGGAGAGAUAUAUUCGCAGCUGAUAUUGACUCGAUCAAGAACAAAUAAACAGAAACUACUCUUUGUAAUUUACAUAAAUUUGAAAAAGUUUAAAAGUUUUGUCUCUAUUGUAAGAUUCGCUUUUGUACUAGCUUUAAUUUGAUUUGAUUCGGAUCGAUAACUAGUAUAGUAUAAUAUGAUUAUUAUUACCAGUUUCCAAUAAAUUUUUAACUGUUUUGUAUACUCGUUAAACUCAAUAUUCAUGUAAACUAUUAACAGUUGCAAUAAGGAAACCUCAAUUUCAAAAUAGAAUCCCAUACUAAACCCAACGCAAUAUCACAAUUACCAGCACUAAACAUGUUUAAUAUUAACAUAUUAACACGUGUUAAUGUUUCGUUUAUCGUAACAACCAAUUUAAGCCAAAUCAAUGUUUACGGUGUAUUCACAAUUACCCUUUGAUCAUUUGGUGAUUAAACCCGUUUUAUUGUCCAAUGCGUCAAACAUACAAUUAAAAUUAGUCUUGUAUUUUUAUCCUCCUUAGUAAUAGGACAACCUCUUUUUAUUUACUCAAAAUCAUACAAUUGAAGGGAGAAAUGUCUACACUCGUAUUAUAUGUAUCUUCAAUUCGUUUGUUACUAGCCCCGUAAGCGUCUCAGACAGGUGGGAGGGAACGGUUUCGAUCCCUAGGAUGCGGGGUUCGUACCACGUGCCCUUAAAGCAUAACUAAUUGAAAGAAAUAAUUGAAAAUUUAGAUGUGAAAUAGGAUGUUGUAUUGAUGAUUUGGCUUUUGUCUAGUGACUCAGGUUAUAAACCACAUGACUAACCUUCUGCCAGCUACACCAUGUGUUCACCUUACAUUAUUAGUUUUGAAAAAUGUUGUUAAAUGUUUUCGUGUACGUGUUUGUGUUAAGUGUGUGUGACAAUAAAUUGUU